AAAAGGGUCCAUAGUCUUUGUUUUUUUUAUUCAUUAUUCUUCUUUUUGAUUUCUUUGUAACGAUAGAGAGUUAUACUUGCAUCAAAGCAUAGAAAGCUAUUGUCUUCAUUGGAAGCUAGUAAACAAAGGAAAACAUGACAAUCAUAGGCAAACCGUAGACGGAAAGAAACCUGUUUAAGAGGGCUUUAAGAGAAAACUGCAAGCUAUCUGAUUUCAAGGAUUUUUUUUUUUGGGGGGGUAUAUGCAAAGCUCUUAUUAACAGCACUUUCCAUUACCAAAAGCAAUAUCUUUUACUAUAUUCUGUUUUCAAACUAUGCAAUAAUAAAAAAGAAAUUUCAACGUGUCCUAGAAAAAGAUCUUGCACAAGCUUCCCAUGUAUCCACAUACUUUUCAACGUCUAGCUGCGAAGAACAAAAGUUGUAUCCAAAAGAGUUGUUAAUUUAUAUCUAGAAAUAUUCUUUUACUUUUCAUUUAAUUACCUCUCUAGACAUUGUCAUUUACCUUAAGAUUUACUUGCAGUCGUUUACUUUCAUUUUUAACAGGCUUCAGACCAACUGAUGAUUCUCUAAAAUUUGUUGCAUCAACUUCAUUCUAUGAAAAGGAUUUUUUCAAGGCUCUUUUACUACAAUAAAACUAAGAAUGUCGGGUGACUUACGACAAGAGCUGCAGCUACUUAAAACUUUUAAUGAAGUGAUUGAAAAAUUAACGGGGAGUUUGAGAGUCUCUUCAGAAAAACUACACUCUUUUGAAAAAUCCAUUCAGUCCGCUAAUCAGCUAGUAAAUGUAUGGUCAUCGGUACAAAGCCAAACAGAUCAUACGCAGCAGUUGCUACUGAAUACAGAUUGGAAGGGGCCUAUGCAGGAUCUUGAGGAAAUUGAGACAUUACAAAAACAAAAAAUACAGCAAGACCAAGAACUAGAAAAACAACAACAAAUACAAUUACAUCGUCAACGCCAAGCUGAAGAGCAGGCACGGCGGGAAAAAGAAGAAGCCUUGUUAGCUCAAAAGAAACGUUCAAGCGUUUUUCGAGGAAGAAAUUCAAGACUAUCUUCAGUCCCUUCUCGUAACGCUUCCUCUAUUCCACCUCCUCGGCCCUCUUCGUCUAUUACCAGUAGUACAACCCGUCCCUCCGCUUUGAAUGCCCCUGCAAAUAGAAGAAUCAGCUCUUACUCUUCUGUUCCAAGACCAAGGGCUUCCGUAGCAAAUCGAAGCGCUUCUUCUUCAUAUCCCGCACCGACAUCGACCGUGACUUCAAAUGAUCCACGAGCGCAGCCAAGGGCGCCGGGCUCCUCAAGACGUAGUCUAUAUCCUAAAAGCUCUUCUCGUCUUCGCCCUCCGGAACGAACUUCAUCAAUGUCUAUGGCUGGUACACGGCGAACUUCAGCCCUCCCCAGAAGGCCAAAUUCUAUCGUACGUUCGUCCACGCAUCCAACAGGUACUCAGCGCAAUCACCCGGGUUAACUACUUUUCAGCAUUU